AUGGCACGGCGGAAGGCACUGCCACUGGCGCUGGCGCUGGCUUGGGUAGCUUGGGGCCUGGAGGAAGUCGAGCCCGCAGGCUUGAUCCUCACUUCCUUGGUGGACUUUAAGCCGGAGGUGACGGCCAGGAUCCAGGAUGGGCUGAGCACAUCGAUCCCAAUUCCGGCAAUCCGCUGCUUGAAGCACUGGGGGGCAAUGCCGGCCAGGUACUACCACAAUACCGCCACCAAUGAGGUCACGUGGACGAGGCCGACGGACGGGGGCGGCGGCGGUAUGGGCGGAAUGGGCGGUCAGCCUCAGAUGGGCAUGGGAGGGCAAAUGGGCAUGGGUCAGCCUAUGCAACAGUCCAUGGGGGGCGGCAUGGGCGGCGGCAUGGAUGGUGGCAUGAGCGGCGGCGGCAUGGGCGGCGGCAUGGGAGGCAUGGGAGGUGGCAUGGGUGGCAUGGGCGGCGGUAUGGGCGGUAUGGGAGGUGGCAUGGGCGGUGGCAUGGGCGGCAUGGGCGGAGGAAUGGGUGGAAUGGGUGGAAUGGGUGGCGGCAUGGGUGGCGGUAUGGGUGGCAUGGGAGGUGGCAUGGGCGGUGGCAUGGGUGGCGGAAUGGGCAUGGGCAUGGACGGCGGCAUGAAUUCCAACAUGCAGAGCGGAGUGGUGAAGUCCUGGAACGAUGAGAAGGGCUUCGGCUUCAUUGUCCCGGAUAGCGGGGGCGAUGACAUCUUCGUGCACAGAAGCUCCCUCACCGAUGGGGGGGUGCUGGUGAACGGCAGUCCCGUGCAGUAUGAGGUCACCUGGAACGCUCAGAAAGGCAAGAGCCAGGCCUCGAAGGUGACGGGGGCCUCGCCCCAGAAGGGUGGCUUCAAGGGCGACAGCAAGGGUGGCUUCAAAGGCGACGGCAAGGGAUAUGGAGGUGGUGGUGGAGGCGGCAGCGGCCUCGCCGGGCAGCCCGUCCAACAAACCGGCACGGUGAAGGUCUGGUUCGAGGAGAAGGGCUUCGGAUUUUUGACCCCAGAUGGUGGCGGGGACGACUGCUACGUCCACAGGACAGCGCUGACUGAUGGCCAGGCUUUGGUGCCCAACACCCAGGUGAGCUACACUGCUCAGUGGAACACCACCAAGAACAAGUUCACUGCCACUAGCGUUUCUGGAGCUUCCGGCAACAAGGGCGGGGGCAAGGGCGAUUGGGGAGGCGGCUGCGGCGGCGGCGGCGGCUGCGGCGGCGGCUUCGACUAUGGGAAGAUGCAGGAUCCUGGUGGCAACUACCGCGCUGAGCCUUAUGCCGCGGGGCCCUGCGGCGGCUGCGGCGGCUGCGGCGGCUACGGCGAGGGCCAAUGGUGA